GAGAGAGAGAGGAGGAUGGCAUGGAGGUUGGUGCCAUGUGGCUGGAGACUGCUGUUCUUGGUGACUCUGGGCCUUGUUCUUGCUGAGGUCCAUGGUUCAGGGGCUAGAGCAGCUUCCCUCCCUAGGCUCUUCCCAGCUGAAGUGCGAACUCUUCGCCGUCUUGCAGACAAGAUGGGAAUCUCACGUUGGAACUUCUCCGUUGAUCCAUGCAACUCCGGCAAUAGCACAAUCUCUUGGGGGCAGUUGAAUUGUGAUUGCUCCUUCUACAACCAUACCUUCUGCCAUGUCAUUGGCAUAUCCCUGGCAGGUCAGAACUUCACUGGUGAGCUCCCACCAGACUUCGCCGAAUUCCCCAAUCUCCUCCAAUUAGAUCUAAGCAGAAGUUUAUUGCACGGUGGAGUACCUGACCAGUGGGCCCAAAUGAAGUUACAAGGACUGUCAUUAAUGGGAAACAAUUUGUCGGGGCCUUUUCCCAUGGCUCUUACAAAGAUCACAACCCUGACUAACCUGAGUAUUGAAGGAAACAAUUUUUAUGGCCCAAUCCCACCCGAAAUUGGACAUCUCAUGCAAAUGGAGAAAUUAGUAUUAUCGACCAAUGAGUUUUCCGGACCUCUUCCUGCUGCUCUUGCUAGGUUAACCAAUUUAACCGACUUAAGGAUUUCUGGUAACAAUUUUUCUGGAAGAAUGCCUGGUUUCUUGGAUAAGUUGACAAAGCUCAUAAAAUUGCAAAUUGAAGGAUCUUUAUUGGAAGGGCCUAUCCCCUCAGGAUUUUCCGAAUUGAAAAACCUUUCUGAUCUGAGGAUUAGUGAUCUGAGAGGUAGAGGAUCAGUUUUCCCAGACUUAAGUGUUCUGGUAUCCAUGAGGACAAUCAUACUUCGGAAUUGCUCUAUCAGUGGAAGCAUUCCAUCUUACAUUGGGAACAUGGGAAAUCUUAAGCAUUUGGAUCUGAGUUUUAAUAGCCUGACUGGAGAAAUACCGGGUUCAUUUGCUAACCUGGGAAGUGUAGAUCAGAUAUAUCUAACAGGAAAUUCACUCAAUGGGAGCAUACCUGAAUGGAUACUGAAGACAAACAGGAUUGCGGACAUAUCUUUUAAUAACUUCACAAUGGGGAGCUCAGGUCCUAGCCAAUGCCUUCAAGGCAAUCUGGUGGAGACCUAUUCACCUGAAAUGAGCAAUUUGACAAAUGUUCAGUCAUGCUUAAAGAGGAAUUUUCCAUGCGCUUCUUCUAAUGGACAAUACUGGUGUAAAUUGCAUAUCAACUGUGGUGACAAAGAAUUAACUAUAAAUGGAACAAAAUAUGAAGCUGAUGUGGAACCUAAAGGGGCUUCACUGCUGUACUUAAGCCCAGCCUCAAACUGGGCAUUCAGCAGCACUGGGAACUUCAUGGACAACAACAUCAGUGACGACAGCUACAUUGCGACAAACACAUCAAAAUUGACCAUGGCCGACUCGGAGUUGUAUGCAAGAGCACGCCUUUCGCCUCUAUCACUCACAUAUUAUGGACUCUGCAUGCAUGAUGGGAGUUACACCGUUAAGCUUCAUUUUGCUGAAAUUGUUUUCACAAAUGACAGCACAUUCUGCAGCCUUGGCAAAAGAAGAUUCAAUGUGUUCAUACAGGGAAGAAUGGUUCUGGAGAACUUUGACAUUGAACAAUCAGCUGGAGGAGCUGCAAAGGCAGUUAUCAAAACUUUCACGACAAAUGUCAUAAAUCACACACUAGAAAUUCGCUUCUAUUGGGCAGGAAGGGGGACAACAGGCAUUCCAAAAAGAGGAAAUUAUGGCCCUCUGAUAUCUGCGAUAUCAGUACUCCCAAACUUCGAAGUUCCUUUGGCUGUUGAACCCCCACAAAAUGGAAGUAGCGAAAAGCUUUCAAAGAUAUCUAAAGCAUUCCUGGUUGCAAUGCCAAUUCUAGCAAUGCUCGCAGCACUUUUUGUUGGAACUUAUUGGAUUAAAAGGAGGAGAAAGAGCUCGAUGCAUAAAGAUCUCAGAGCCUUCGACCUCCAAACUGGCUCCUUUACCUUGAGACAAAUCAAAUCAGCAACAAGGAAUUUUGACGCGGCAAACAAGAUUGGCGAAGGCGGUUUUGGUUCAGUUUACAAGGGUUUGUUGUCUGAUGGCACCAUUAUUGCUGUCAAACAGCUAUCAUCAAGGUCUAAACAAGGGAAUCGUGAAUUUGUGAAUGAGAUAGGCAUGAUAUCUGCACUUCAGCAUCCAAACCUUGUCAAGCUUUAUGGCUGUUGUACAGAAGGAAACCAGCUGUCUCUUGUUUACGAAUACAUGGAAAAUAACUGCCUAGCGCGUGCUCUUUUUGUUGAACAAUACAGGCUGAGCUUGGAUUGGCAAACAAGACGUAAAAUUUGCCUUGGAAUAGCAAGGGGCUUAGCAUAUCUACAUGAGGAGUCUGCAAUAAGGAUUGUGCACAGAGAUAUCAAGGCUAGCAAUAUACUGCUUGACAAAGAUUUGAGUGCCAAGAUCUCUGAUUUUGGGCUAGCGAAGCUCAACGAAGAUGAUCACACACACAUAAGCACAAGAGUAGCUGGAACCAUUGGAUACAUGGCUCCUGAGUAUGCAAUGCGUGGUUAUUUAACAGAUAAAGCUGAUGUUUACAGUUUUGGGGUUGUUGCUCUGGAAACUGUUAGUGGAAAAAGUAACACAAACUACAGGCCAAAGGAAGAUUUUGUUUAUCUUCUUGAUUGGGCUUGUGUUCUACACGAGCGAGGAAACCUCUUAGAGCUGGUAGAUCCAGACCUGGGCUCUGAUUACUCAACAGAAGAGGCACUCCUCCUGCUAAAUGUAGCCCUCUUAUGCACCAAUGCAGCACCAACACUGAGACCAAAGAUGUCCAAAGUAGUGAGCCUGCUUGAGGGAAAUACACCACUGCAACCAUUUUUGUCAGACCUCAGCCUCGCUGCAAGCAGCCUGAGCUCAAGUGGUCUACGCAGAAACUUUUGGCAAAACCCAAGUGAUCAGAGACAAAGCAUGACAGCACAAGCAUCAUCCAGCAACACCAAUGAGUCAUCGUCUUUAGAUAUUGAUGGUAUCCUGAGACCUUCAGCGAGUUAAAAAAAUGUCAGAUGUGUUUCAUGAGCUUGGUGCAUGUAAGAACCAUUUAGGUGUAGGCCAGUAUUUCUGUGUAAGAAAUGCAGUGUAAAUACCUAGCAACAUACCAGUG